UCCCUGCAGCAGCACACUGAAGUUGUCAUUACCGCACCCCGCUGCUGUUGGGUGCCAGAGUUCACUUCCUGGAGUUGGCAGAGGAGCAGCAGUUCAAAGGCUCCCCUCUGGGCGUCUAUAAAUCCUCUGUGUUUGUCUGAUCAGAUCUGCAGAACCACCAGCAAUGUCCAAGACGGCAGAGGCCCAGAUGCACGGCAUUCCCAGCAGGGAAAGGUGUCCGCUGGCCAAAGGGCUGGAGAGUCUUUCUGCCCUGGUGACUUCUGGCGAAGAAACCCCAGAUCCCAUCCCCUCCACCAUCCAGGGCAACAUUCCAUCUUGGCUCAAUGGGAGUCUCCUGAGGAACGGCCCUGGGAAGUUUGAAUUCGGCGAUGACAAGUACACCCACUGGUUCGACGGCAUGGCCAUGAUGCACAGAUUCCACAUCAGCGAGGGGAAGGUCACCUACAGCAGCCGCUUCCUGCAAAGUGAUUCAUACACCAACAACUUGGAGAAAAACCGGAUCGUGGUGUCGGAAUUCGGGACAUUAGCCAUGCCGGAUCCAUGCAAGAACAUAUUUGCACGAUUCUUUUCACGCUUUCAGAUUCCCAAGGCUACAGACAAUGCAAACGUCAACUUUGUCAAGUACAACGGCGACUACUAUGUCAGCACCGAAACCAACUACAUGAGGAGAAUAGAUCCACAAAGCUUGAACACCAAGGAGAAGGUGAACUGGACGGACUUCAUCGCUGUGAACUCGGCGACAGCUCAUCCUCAUUACGAUCAAGAUGGAGCCACUUACAACAUGGGCAACUCCCACAACAAAAAUGGAUUCUUCUACAAUGUGAUUCGUGUUCCUCCUCCUGAGGAAAUGAGGUCAAAAGAGGACUCCGCAGACCUGACAGGAGCCAAAGUCAUCUGCUCCAUCCGCGCUGCUGAUCCCAGGAAGCCCUCGUACUAUCACAGUUUCGUCAUGUCAGAGAACUACAUCGUGUUCAUCGAGCAGCCCAUCAAGCUGGACCUUCUGAAGUUCAUGCUCUACCGAAUUCAGGGAAAAAGUUUCCACAAGGUCAUGAAGUGGGAGCCCAAACUAAACACCGUCUUCCAUCUGGUGAACAGACACACCGGCAAGGUGAGUGACGUGAAAUACCUCGCAGGCCCCAUGUUCACGCUGCACCAGAUUAACGCUUAUGAAGACAACGGCUACCUGGUGAUGGACAUGUGCUGCGGCGAUGAUGGUGACAUCAUUGCUGACUUCACUUUGGAAAACCUGCGCAGAAGCUCAGGAGAGGAGAUGGACGAGUUCUACAACGCGCUGUGCAGAAACCUUCCUCGGCGAUACGUCCUCCCCCUCACCAUCGACGAUCAAACUCCUCUGGAUCAAAACCUGGUGUAUCUGGAGAAGUGCAAAGCCACAGCCAGAAAGACCCACACAGGCGAGAUUUUCAUGACCCACGAGGAGCUGCACAGCGACGAGCUGCUGCAGUACGGCGGUCUGGAGUUCCCGCAGAUCAACUACGACAAACACAAUGGCCGACCCUACCGCUACUUCUACAGCUGCGGCUUCGGACACGUCAUCAGCGACUCGCUGCUUAAGAUGGACGUCCACACUAAGGAGCUUAAGGUGUGGCGUUACCCGGGCUUGUACCCGUCUGAGCCUGUCUUUGUUGCUUCGCCGGGAGCCACGGAGGAAGAUGAUGGAGUGGUCCUGUCAGUCAUCAUCACACCCAGAAAAGAGAAAAGCACCUUCCUGCUGGUUCUGGAUGCAAAGACCUUCACUGAGCUGGGUCGAGCUGAGGUCCCAGUCAACAUCCCGACCGGAACCCAUGGAGUCUUCAACGCAAUGGGAUAGGUGUCGACUCAAAAAUGCAACCAACCAGGAGGGACGUCAUCUAUUUGGACAGCUGUCUUUUAUUGCUUUGAAAAUAGCAAAUCUUGGUGUCAAACCUUGGGCCUAGGGGCCAAAUAUUGCCCCCAAAUUACUAAAAAACAGCUUGAAUGUCACCAAGAGAAUCUCAUCAGCUUUUCUUUAAAUGUACGCAGAUAUAUAUGUACUAUUACAAACCGCUUGAAACUAUUAAUCAUUCAACUUUAGCCACUAACGUGUGAGAAUGUUUCAGCUAUAUUUUAACACACUUUUGAAGGACUAUUUCAGAGCUUGGUCUUCCAUAGAACUCCAUAGAAUAGUUUGGAGAACAACUCAUCUCCUUAAGACAAAUACAGGCAUGCUCUGUAAAGAAGGCUGAAAAGUUUCUUUUCUUAAAUCUGUGUUAAACCACUCAAAUAUUUAUCUCUGAGUUGCAGAUACACUAUGUAAAACAGUCAAUGCUAUGUCAGAUUUCACCUCGCAAAAGUCCAAAUAAAGACUGUUGAUUUCCUUUAGACAAUAGCACAGUAAGUUUCUUUCUUAAUAAAAAUGUUAUUGUGGGAUUAUUAUGCAUGGACUUUGCAGGGAAGAUGAUUUCAAUCCAUGAUGGAGUGAGGCUGAAACAUAAUAAAAGUUUCUGGAAGCAGUAAAAAUAUCUGACAAUGGGUUAAAGAUGAAUUAUUAAACA